UUAGGGCUUUUCUAGGGUUUUGGUUUUUCGGGUCGCCAUGGUGAAGAAGAGCAAGAAGAGCAAGAGCAAGCGCGUCCCAUUGCGCAAGAAGUACAAGAUUAUCAAGAAGGUGAAGGAGCACCACAAGAAGAAGGCCAAGGAAGCGAAGAAGCAAAUUGGGAAGAAGAAGCCGAAGGUCGAAAAGGAUCCAGGGAUUCCAAAUGCGUGGCCUUUCAAGGAGCAAGAGCUCAAGGCGCUCGAGGAGAGGCGUGCCAGAGUUCUUAAGGAGCUAGAAGAGAAGAAACUAGCUAAGAAAUUACGUGCCAAAGAGCGAGCAGAACUUCGGAAGCGUGGUGUUCCCGAAAAAAAUGAGCUCGAUGAUCUUGUACACGAUACCGAAACUAGGACAACGCAGUUUGAGAGAGCCUCACGGAAUAAGACUUCUGGUUCUUCUUCUCAAGAUGGAUCCAAAAGAGCUUUUUACAAGGAGCUCUUGAAGGUGAUCGAGGCGUCUGAUGUUAUCAUCGAGGUUCUCGACGCUCGGGAUCCUCUGGGAACACGUUGCCCCGACAUGGAACGCCUGGUUUUCAAGUCGCAAACAUCCAAGCGUCUAGUUCUCCUGCUCAACAAGAUAGAUUUGGUUCCAAAAGAGAUUGCCGAGAAGUGGCUCAAGUACUUGAGAGAAGAGCUGCCGACGGUGGCUUUCAAGUGCAACACGCAAAUGCAAAGAAGCAAUCUAAGUCGCAAGAAGUCGAAGUCGAAAGUCAUUCUGGAGACAAGUAGUGACUGCCUGGGAGCCGAUACGCUCUUACAACUCUUGAAAAACUAUUCCAGAAGCGACGAGCUAAAAAGAGCCAUCACAGUCGGGAUCGUCGGCUUGCCAAACGUUGGGAAGAGCAGCCUCAUCAACAGCUUAAAGAGAUCACGGGCAGUAAGUGCCGGAGGAACGCCUGGAUUGACAAGGACGAUGCAAGAAGUGCAGCUAGACAAGCAUGUCAAGCUACUCGACUGCCCCGGAGUUGUCUUAGCAAGCGCAACUGACUCCAAACCUCUCAUGGACUUGCGAAACUGUACGAGAAUCGAGAAGCUUGCAGACCCUGUGGCACCGGUAAAGGAGAUAGUGAGCAAGUGUGGUCAUGAGAAACUGAUGACCUUCUACAAAAUACCUUCAUUCAACACGGUGGACGAGUUUUUGCAGCUCGUGGCCACGAUUCGUGGCAAGUUUAAGAAAGGUGGUGUUGUGGACACUGAGACAGCGGCCCGGAUAGUCCUUUACGAAUGGAAUGAAGGGAAAAUCUCGCAUUACACUGUGCCUCCCGUGAGAGAACCAGCAGGGCCUUCCGAAUCAGCCAUCGUGACGAGCUGGGGAAAGGAAUUUAACGUGGACGAGGUUUUCAAAAGAGAACAGUCCACUGUCAUUGCGGGUCUUCCAUGUUUAAGCGAUGCGGAUCAUACGGAACUUCCAGCAGGCGCUCCAAUGUCUAUGGACGUUACAAUGAUGGAGAACUCCGACGACGAAGAUGAGAAGAUUAAUGAAGAAGGCGAUAGAGUUGCGGAGUCCCAAGCGAUGGAUACGGCUGAGCUCCCGGCGAGAAAAGAGAAACAAGCCGUUCAGACUGAGAAGCUGUAUGACGAGGAAGGCAUUUUCAAUCCUCGUCUGGCCAAGGCAGAGAAGAGGCGACGGAAAAAGUCGACGAAAGAGUCUGCGGCGAUGGAGGGGACUUACGAUUUCGACGUGGACUACGUUGACAGUGCUCCCCUCAAGAAGAAACAGCAGAAGAAUCAGAGCAAGUCCAAGCAGAAAACCAGAGCAAGAUCAAGCGAUAUGGAGAUCUAAACGAGAAACGUUUGGAAAUUUGUUAUCUCCUGGAUUGCAUAUCCUCCUGGGAUCCUCAAGUUCGUAGAAUAGAGUUCAAAAAGGUUUUGGAGUUAGCCUUUUUUGAUAGAUUAUAAGGGAUUACCCUCAAUGUUGAGGGUUCGUACAUACCACGUCAAUGACCCUAGAAAUGUUAAGUU